AUGAACUCGAUACGCGGGGGCAUGCAAGUCCAUGCUGUGCCCGAGAGUGAGAGAGCACUCGAUGCAUCAGGCAGACGCCUACCCUGGGGCUAUGAGUUUGCCGAGUACGUCCAAGUCGACCCUGAACACCAACUCAAACUAACUCUGAGCAGCGCAGAGAUAAACCGUAGACGAGAGCCCGAAGAANAAGGACCAUUUGGACGCUCAGUACGCCGUCGUGGCUUUUCGCGUAGCAAGACAGCAACACCAGCACGCAAAGAAGAUGUCGUGCGACAAGAAAACAUGCAAACCGAAGACUUCAUCUUUGCUAAGUACAAGGAUGAGCUCAAAGCAAAAGACCCAGUACAGCCUACACAAAAGCCCAGCGAAGCUGCCGCAUCACAAGCUGCAUCCGAAGCUGCAUCAGCAAAGGAAGCUACCGAGGUUAUCUUGUACGGCUUUGGCCCAGAUUCGCAAUGGGCUGCCAUUGAGUACUACGAACGUAUCUCGAACGGCAUCGUCUACGAGGACUACGAUCGCCAUCCGCCUCACCAACGUUACGAUCACAGCUUGACAUACAGCCGCGCAAAGUUGGCUCAACGUACACUCUCACAAGCUGCCCUUCGCAAACGCAACGCAUACCGCGGUGGAGAUCACUGGAUCAAAGUCACCUUCGACAGCCCCGAAGCCGCAGACCUGGCUUGUCACUGCUCUCCCCAUCCCAUCCACGGCUUCCUAGUCUACGCCGAGCCCUUCCGCGGUACCGGCCCUCCCAACGACGCACCAAUUCCAUACUCGAACGCGGGAGCUCAAAUCGACGGUCCAGCUCUACCUCCCACCUUCAGCACCCGCGACACUCUAUCCACCGACUCCUCCAACACAAUGUCCUCAGCAACAAUAACCGCCCAACCAUCCUCCUCAGCCCCAAACCUCGCUUCCACAACAACCAACACAACCUCCCUCGAACCCACCACACCAGCUCAAAAACGUCCCAUGCGUAUCCCCGGCGCCACCCGUGCAGUCCUCAAACCCGCAGACAUGGCCUUUGCCGAACCUUCAAAAUCCGUGUCUUCGUCGUUGGCAUCUUGGCCUUUGAUCAAUCUGUUCGUCGGCACCAAGGGCGAUGUGAUAGGUUCUGCCGUCCCGCGCACCGAUGAUGGAAACUUUGAUUGGAAGAAUGCUAGUUUGUACUGGUUGAUCUUUGCGUGGUUGGAUUGCUGGCUCGGCACUGAUAUGUGUGGCCUGCGGGGAGACGAUUAA